GUUAGCUAAAAUACCAAGUGAGCUAACGUUAGCCUAUUUUCAGCUCUAGUGUAGUGUUAAAUCAAAAUGUUAGUUAUCCUAAAGCACUUAGUAGCGAGCAGGUGGGAAAACAGGUUACAUUUCUAACUGAUGAAGGGAAAUGACCCAUGCACACAUUUUUUGUUGUAAUGAAUUUUCCCCCAGUCAUUGCAGAAUGUAUUUUGGGUCUCCAAAUCCAAUGCGAAAUACUAUUAUAUUGUAAACGUUAGCGCCUGUUAAGUUAGCCAGCAAGGACCAGUUUGUAUUAGCUAGGUGUAACUCCUGAUUGUCAACAUGCCUCCUCAUUUUGACUGGAGAUUGGUGAUGGAUGCUGAUCCAGAACGGCUGCCUGAAAGUGGAGAUGCAGAGAUAUUGAGCGACAUGUUUCUACAGGUCCAACAGUGGGAUAUGGAGCUUAAAGACGGAAACUUAGAGAAAAUGGUUCAGCUCAUGCGAGUCGCUCAGUGUCUUCUGAAGCUGAAGAAAGUUGAGAUUGAUCUGGCAUAUGAGCUAAUUGAUAAUGCUGGUAUGGAACAAGCUAAAUCAGAAAAUGAAUGGUUGGCCAAGGAGUUAAAGUGGGAACAAGAGUUAGUGAUGGCCAAGAAGUCAGGCAACGCUGGAGGCCGAGACAGCCGCUUCCUUAAGGAUGAGAUGCGUACACUAGAGGCUCUGCUGGAACGCAGAGAUAAGGACAUCCAACGAUUUGAGACAGAGAUGGACAAGGAAAAGAAAAUCAACGAGGAAUUGCAGAUUCGGGCAGAGGAGGCCGAAGAUGAGAGCAGGAAGUUAAAAAGAGAGAUGAAAAAGAUUAACAAGAAGAAUGAGCAGCUUCAGCAGGACGUUGAUUUCUACAGGAGGGAACUUGACCAGAAGGAGCCAGUCCAAUCCAGAGAGGAGAGCACGAAGACCCAGAGAAGGCUUAACUCCGCCAACAGACAGCUCUACCAGUGCAUGGAGGAUGUUCAGCGUGCUGAGGAAGAAGUAGCCCAUCUGAAGACACAGAACGAGCAUAUGCAAAGGAGCCUCGAGGAGUCAGUGAAGGAGAUGGAGAAGAUGAUCGAUGAGUACAACAAGAUGAAGAUUGUUGUGCAGCAGACAGACUCAAUCAUGGACCAGCUAAGGAGGGAGAGGGACCUUGCCAAAGUACAGGUCAGAGAGCUGACAGAGCAGAUUCAGAGCCGGACAGAGGAGGAUGACCCGGUCAUGGCAGCUGUCAAUACCAAAGUGGAUGAGUGGAAGAGAGUGCUGGCUGGAAAGGACGAGGAGAUCAUGGAUUAUCAGCAGAUGAUCCGGGAGCUGAGGGACAAGCUUUACUCUUCCCAGAUGGACAUGGACAAGAGUAAUAUCAUCACCUUGCAGCAGGUCAUAUAUGAGCUAUGUGGUGCCGUGCAAGAGAGGGACAAUCAAAUCAAGAUGCUGUCAGAGCAAGUGGAGCAGUAUACGGCGGAGAUGGAGAGAAAUGUCCUGCUCAUAGAGGAUCUCAAGAAGCCCCUUAGGAAAGACAGAGGUCUGCCCUCAGCCGUCCAGCAGAGGAAGCUAGAUGAGCUAACCGCUAAGCUGCAGGCCACAGAGAAAAGAGCGUGCGAGGCAGAACGUGUAGCUGAGCUAGCUGAAGCGGACGCCAGGGACAAGGACAAAGAACUUAGCGAUACCCUAAAUUACAUGAGACUAUAUGAGUCUGGCACUGAUGGUUUGCAGGCAGCCAUCGCUGAGAUCAAAGAAUGUAAAAAUCAGAUGAGAGUUCAAGACCGUGAGGCAGAGGCCAUGACCACAGAAAUCAACCAGCUCGAGAUGAAAAUCAAUGACCUUCUGGAUGAAAAUGAAGCUCUAAGGGAACGACUUGGUCUGGAGCCAAAAGAGGAAGUGAAUUUGACAGAAUUCAGAAGAACCAAAUCCUUGAAACAGCAUCAGUUCAAAGCAGAGAACCAGAUUCUGACUAAAGAGAUCGAAAGACUGGAAGAGGAAAGACUUGAAUUAAAGAAACAAAUCAGGCGAAUGGUAAAGGACAAAGGUAUUACAGUGAAUAGCUCAUUGCUAGAGGAUGAUUCCAAGACCUCCAGAUUGAUCCAAACAACACCAGCCCCAAACUCCAGUUCUACAGAUGCAGAGCAAAUGAAACGCAAGUAUGAGCAUUUAAGGAGAGAGCUGAACCAAAAGGAGAAAGAGCUGGAGCAUCAAAGCGCUCAGUCGUCUCAGUUUAAAUCCAAAGUGGAAGACUUGUUAAAGGAAAACCAGCAAUUGGAACAAGGCAUGAGGGAGAUCCUCGAUGCCAUUAAGGACGCUCAACAGAAAACCCCCAACUCACAAGUUACUGUCUCUAUUCCCAUUCUCGACAGACUGGUCCAUGUCAUAGAGAUGAAGAACUCUGAUGGGAAGUUUGAUGCCAGCCUCCACCUGAAGGCCCAGGUAGACCAGCUAACAGGAAGGAACGAUGAGAUCAGACAGGAAUUGAGGUCAGCUCGGGAGGAAGCGGUCAGCACCAUGAGUCAACUGGUCAAAGCUAAAGAAAAGGUUGCCCAUUUGGAGGGCGAGGUGGAGGCACUGAGAAAGGCCAGUGGGGGCGGGGUGGUCUUUAGGACCCUGAAUCUUCCUGACGACAUGGCUCCCUCCAGCACAGAGGUCAUUAGCACUCUGAACGAGUAUGCCAUUCGACUGUUACAGGAGAAUAAAAACCAUAAGGAGUCAAGCCAGCAGCUGGUGGCAGCCUUGGAGGAAUAUAAGGGGAGGUUUGCUGUGAUUCGCCAUCAACAGGGACUGCUGUACAAGGAGCACCUGAGCGAGAAGGAUCUGUGGCAGAAGGAGAAAGAGAAAUUGACAGAGAUGAACAACAAGCUGGAAGAGCAAAAGGAGGUGGAUGCUGUGAAGAACAAAGAGUUCACUCACUGGCUAGAAACUCUGCAGAAGGAUCCGGAGGAGCUGCGGAGGCAGGUGUCGGAGGCAGCCCGGAGGAUGACGGUGUUGCGUGUGAACGAGAAGACCCUGACACGUCGCUACACCACCCUGCUGGAACAGGAGCAGCACCUCCGCAGGGAAAUUGACAAGCUGCGGGACGACUUCAGAACCGCCGAGGCAUCGGUCACACAGACAAUAGGGUCCCUCAACAGAUACAAGGAAAUGGCUGCCUAUAAGAUGGCAGCGCUGCAGAAGGUACUGGAUACCAGCGUCCCCACUUCAGAGCUGGAGAGGGCCAACAGACAGUACACAGAGCUGACGGUCAAAUACAGAGACUUGCUGCAGAAAGACAACCGCCUGGUUCAGCGGACCAGCAGCCUGGAACACCUCCAGGGGGAGAAUGUGUCCCUUUGUGAGCGCAUUUCAGCUCUAAACAAAGAGCUGGAGAUAACUAAGGAGAAACUCCACACCCUGGAACAGGCAUGGGAGCACAUCAACACGUUAGGUGGUGAAAGCAGCAUGGACAAGGCAGCGAAAGCAGUGGCCAAUAGUGAGAUUGUUUCUGCCUCCAGGAGGAUCACGACCCUGGAGAUGAAGGAGCUCAAUGAGAGGCAGAGGGCCGAACAUGCACACAAGAUGUACGAACACCUCAGGAACUCCCUCAGACAAGUGGAGGAGCGCAACAUGGAGCUGGAGACCAAGUUUGCAGAGCUGACAAAGUUGUACCUGGAGAUCCAGAAAACAGAAAGGGAGCUGAGGGACAAGCUUGCGGACAGCAUCUCUAAAGAGGUCAGCGAUGCAGACCGUGUCAAGAUUACCCAGCUGGAGAAGGUUGAGGCCGAACUCAGGGUGGAGGUGUCAAAGUUGAGGGAAGUGUCUGAUGUCGCUAAGAUGCAGGUGUCUGCCCUGGAGGCCAGGCAGCAAUCCAGAGAGAAGGAGGUGGAGGCUCUUAGGAGACAGUUGCUCGACUACCAGUCUCAGUCUGACGAGAGGGCUCUGAUUGCCAAGCUCCACCAGCACAUUGUGGCUCUGCAACUCAGCGAAUCAGCAGCUGUGGGGAAACUACAGGCAACCGCCACUCGCAUCCAGCAGCUUGAGGCCUACAAGCUCCGUGCUGAACAUAAACUGGACGCCAGCGAGAAGUCGCUGUAUCAUGCCCGCCAGGAGGGCAGGAAUCGAAUCCGGUGUCUACGGGAGACCAUCCAGUCUCUCCGUAGGCAGUUUGCCGGCGCCUUGCCCUUAGCCCAGCAAGAGAAGUUCUCUCAGACCAUGAUGCGCCUCCAGGAGGAUAGACAGAUCGCACAGGAGGAGAAAAGGAGAGCAGAGGAGGAGAGGAGAAGGGCAGAGGGGAAGGCUGAGGAGUUGGAGCUGAAGCUCAGAGGUUUGGAGGAGCUCAUAGCAACCCUGAAGGAUUUGAAGGGAGCUCAGAAGGUGACCGAGUGGCAUAAGAAAAUGGAGGAUGCCAGACUAGGAGAGCUGAGGCGGGGCCGGGAGCUCGGGCUCCAGAGAGAGGAGAUCAGCUACCUGAGAGGCCUUGUGGCUGAGCAGGAGAGAACCAUCCGGACCCUGGAGGAGGACAACGUACAGCAACAAACUGUUCAGGAGGAACGUCAGCUGUCAUGGGACCACAGAGAGGUGGAGUUGGAACGCCAGCUGGACCUCUAUGAGAAACAACAGAACCAAAUAAUUGGCUCUGCCCAGAAGUUUGAGGAGGCUACUGGGACCUUACCAGACCCCAGCUUGCCCGUUGCCCACCAGCUGGACUUUGCCCUGAGAAAAAUCAAAGAGCAUGUGCGGACCAUCCUGGAGAUGCAGGCCACCUGCAAAACUUUGGAUGAGAAAUUAAAGGAGAAGGAGGCUGCCCUAUGGAAGGCCGAGCAGAACGUCCUCUCCAGGGACCGGGUGAUCAACGAGCUGCGUCUGCGACUUCCUGCAGCUGCAGACCGGGAGAGGCUCCUGGCAGGCCUGGCCGAGCCCCAGGAGGAGCAGGUGGGGAGCCAGACGGCCCUGAAGGUGGCCCAUAUAAACAUCAGCAACCUGCAGGGACGUCUGGACCAGAAGGAGGAGGUGCUCAAGAAGUACCAGAAACUGUUGGCCCGGGCACGACAGGAGCACGAGGACAUCAUCAGGAGACAUGAGGAGGAGGUGAGGUUGCUGCACCAGAAACUAAACCUGCACACUGAUACCACCCUGGACCACUUCAGACAAACUGCAUUGGACUUGAUGAAGAAGCCCACUAUCACAGUGCCGACCACCAAGCACCUUGUGCGCCUCGCUGAGAUGGAGCAGACUGUGGUGGAACAGGACAGCUCUCUGUCCUCAUUGACUGACCGGCUGAAGGGCCUCGCUGCUGAGCUGGAGAGGCAGAGGAACCUGACAGCCAUGCAGGCCAAGGACCACGCCUCUGAGAGGGCCAAGUUGGAGGAGGUUCACACAGUCCAGGUCAAGGCCUUGUCAACAGAGGCUGAGGAGCAGCGGGCGCAGCUGGGUCAGAUGGACAAGGAGCUGCAUUACCUCCGCACAGAGCUGGAGGCCCAGAAAGAGGCCAACGUCCGCUCGCCUAGCAACACCAUGAAGAACUUGGUGGAGAGGCUGAAAGCACAGCUCAAUCAGAAAGAGAAACAACUGAAGGCUCUGAGUAAGGCCCUGUUGGAGCUGAGGGGAGAGAUGACAUCCCAUGCCGAGCAGCAGAUCAUAGCCAACGCAUCUCAGAAAGAGGAGAGCCUUAACGUCCAGCUCCUAGUAGACAAGCAUACCAAGGACCUCAAGGCUCGUGUUCAGGAGCUGAAUGACGAGCUCCAGGGGGCAAAAGAGUCCUUGAAGGCAGGCAGGGGGAAAGAGAACACCUUGAAAGAUGAGUUGGAAAGCCUGAAUAGGGACCUCCAGAACAGCAUGAAGGCCCAGAGGAAGCUGCAGAAGGAGAAAGAGGAGAGAGACGAGGAAAUCCAGGAACUCAAACAGCGAAUCAAGAGGCUCAACAGCGGAUUGCAGGUUCAGUCUGAGCCAGAAGGGAAAUGGCCCACGAUAGAGGCACUGCAGAAGAAGAUCCAUAAAUUGGAGCUGGAGAGGAGAGGUGGUUCAGAGCAGACUAACGAGAGGAGAGGUGCAGGCCAAAAGGAUGAUAAGACAAAUAAAGAAGAAAGAGUGCGGUGGGAGGAGGGUAAGAAGUGGCAGGCCAGGAUGGAGAAAGUGAAGAACACCCUGAAGGACAAGGAGAGGGAAACGGAGUCCCUCACCAAGCAGCUGAGCACCCUCAAGGAGCUCUACGCCAGGCUGGAGCAGGAGAAGGCUGGCCUGCAGAGGAAAUUGAAGGCUCGUGGUGUAACAGCAGACCAGGUGGUGGCGGCGCGGACGCAGGAGUCUGAGAAAGACGUGGAGGAGCUGAGGAGGAGGAACGCAGAGCUUGAGCAACAGAUCCUCACAAUAAAACAGCAGCAGGCCCUUCCCAGGGAUGCUGUCAUGGAGGACAUGAACCUGAGGAACCGCUAUCUGGAGGACAGGCUUUACUCACUGGAGAGAGAGAUGCCCAAGGAAACUCCCUCUAGGCCCUCUUCCCAUUCAGUGCAAAUGAAGGGGGGGAGAGGUCUGUCCCUCUCCGUAGAAUGGCUUCAAGCUAUGACAUUUGAUGUCAAUGAUGGCCAUGACAAAGAGUCAUUCUUUGCCAAUGACCUUGUGGCCUCACAGGCACGUGGCACGUCAGCCAAUAAUGAGGUUGAUGACAGGAUUGUCCAGGAAGGAGUGCUACACCAAAACCAAGCGCAGAAAGAAACCCAGACAGACUUUGAUGUAUCGGAGGCAGAGACAUGUGAAGGCAGGGAAGAGUGUAGAGAACAGGAAACAACCAAUGAGGCUGGAGUGGCAGGAGAUGGAGAACAGACCGGAGAGACCGGAAGGGGAGAACAAGUGAAAACAGAAGAGUUUGAUGGAGAGUCCAAUCAGGAGAACUUGGAAAAGGUUGACACACCGUUGGAUAAUGUUGAUGAGGUUGCUGAACAAGUGGACAUAACCAUAGACAUGCAUCACACUGUCAGGCAGCUUUCCACAGGUGGCUCAUUGCCGGAUCAAAGUGUCUCCAAACCCCAUAGAUCCCAGAGUCCAGCGGGAAAUGAGCCACUGGAUGGUGAGGCAUCCACCUCAGACAGGCCCCAGAUUGAUCAGCCUGUAUGUGAGCCGCUACAGGCAACUACUGACAGCGUGAUCAGUGCAGAUGACACAGAAAACACAGGUGGGAACGCAGAUGGGGAAGGAGGGGGAGGUGGAAGAGACACCCAAGUCCGAGGUGGGACAGUGGAAGAAGCGGUCGGGAUGGACCAGGACACCAUGACGGAGUCAGGUGCUGAUCUGACUGGGGGCCAGUCUGACACUUUCACCGAGACAAAGCUCGAGUUAUCUUCUGAGACUAUCCUUGACGCCCAGGUGGAUUCAAACGUCAUCACCAAUAACCUCGACAUGAAAAAUGAAAAUUCCAAAUCAAAAUCUACCAAAACUCAAAAGACAUCAGGGAGAGGAUCAGGCACACCUUCACAGAAAGAGAAUGAGCUUCAGAGAGAGAACUUGAAGCUUUCCUCAGAAAACCUGGAGCUCCGCCUCCAACUAGAACAGGCCAACAAGGACCUCCCCAGAUUAAAAGACCAAGUUGCAGACCUCAAGGAGAUGUACAAUGUUCUGAGGAACGAAAAGGCUGAUGUGGAAAAAAAAUUGGGCCAUGUCCGUGGGGCGGGUCGCAGUGGUAAAACUGUGCCAGAGUUGGAGAAGACCAUUGGGCUGAUGAAGAAGGUGGUGGAGAAGGUUCAGAAGGAGAACGAGAUGCUGAAGAAAACUCCAGCAGCCCUAAAUCAGGAACAGCUCACAGCUCUAGAGCGUGAGCAUAAAAAACUAAAGAAUGCCUAUGAGAAGCUCAAGGGAAUUAGUGACGCAAAGAUGAGCUGCAGACUAGAGACCGAAACCAAAGGAGUGGAGAAAAUUGCGAUGGACAACGAACGCUUACGAAAAGAGAUUAAAAGGGAGACAGAGGCUGCAGAGAAGCUGAGGGUGGCCAAGACCAGUUUGGAAGUGAUCAACGAGAAGCUGGAGGCUGAGCUGGAGGAAGCCAGGAAACAGCUAGUGGCAGCCCAGUCUAGGGUCAUCCCUGAGGGGGUGGACCGUAAGACCUGGAAGGCCACUGUCUUAACAAGGAUGUUUGAGAGUAAGAUGAAAGAGCUUGAGCGGGACGUCAGCCAGAAGAACUCCAGUCUCUCAGAGCUCAAGCUGCAGCUGGCAGAGGCCGGUGAGAAGGAGGAGCGAGCACAGCGUCUUGCCAACCAACUCCAGGAGCAGGUGGAGCUGUUGAAAAACCUUCCCACCAGUGCAAAGACAGAGUCAGGCCUUGUCAAGGAGUUCCAAUCACUGAGAUUAACCAAUAACCUGCUGGAGAAGGAGAAGGCAGAGUUGGUACAGAAACUCAGUGAAUACAGGGAGCAGUAUGGGACAACCUCUGCUGGGCCAGGUUAUAAGGAGUUACAAGCUCUGCUGAAGACAACUGAUCAGGACAAACGGCAGCUGCAGGUUGAAAUAAAAAAGAUGAAAAGGGAGCUGGAGAACUUUGAUCCAACAUUCUUUGACGAUAUCGAGGAUCUGAAGUUUAAUUACAAUCUGGAGGUGAAGAAGAACAUUGUUCUAGAGGAGCAACUCAAGAAAGUUUGUGAGCAGUUUGGUGUAGCAGCUGCCGAUAUUCCUGAUAUGUCCAUCAGCUAACACAGAAUGGAUAGAUUUGACCUUUGAAAGCUUUACUCAUAAAUAUAUAGUAUUUAUUUGGUUUUCUCCUUCUGAGAAUCCUUUUAGAAUAUUUUUUCCUGUUUCGUACAGAACAGACCAUAUAGCAUUUGUGAAAUACAACACUUGGGGAUUGUUUUAUAUUUUUCUAUUAAUAAAGAAGGUGUAAUGUCCA